AUUCAAUAACGAAAUUCUUUGCACCUGUCCAAAAAUGGUGGCCGGACUCUUCUCACAAUUUCUGCUAUUGUCGUGGAAAAAUAUACUUCUGCAAAGACGAAAAAUAUGCGUGACCGUUUUUGAAAUUAUUCUUCCACUAGCUUUUCCCGUGCUAUUAAUAGUUAUCAGAAAUCUAGCUGAUUAUGACUUCAAGAUCAAAGAGGCGACGACGUAUGAAAAGGAAAGUCUAGCCACGGGAUACCACAGCAUUCUGUACGUCCCCAAUACCACGCUUAUUGAAAGUAUCCUCAGCAACUCACGACAAAUUAUUAAAGAAAGCAGAAGUUAUGGAGAUUUGGACUUAAAAGGUAUGGACUUCUGACAUUCUACAUACUUAGUAGUGGAAUUAAAUGAUCAGUUAU